GAGGUCCCACCUGCAGGCUCCGGCCAAAACUGCCAGCGGCGGCCGGCGGCGAAAGCCCACGCCGUCGCACUCCGCCGCGACCAUGAGCUAGGGGACAUUGCAGCGCCGGCCGGCGGCGGCAUUCACAUAUGUGUACCACCCAGCCCAGCGCGCCACGUGUUCUCUACUUCCCGCAGAGCGACCCGCGGCCUUCCGCUCCCCUCCCGCCAGCCACUGCACCGGGCGCCGAUGGCGGCCGCUGCGGCUUCCGCGCCGGCAGCGCCGCGGGGGACGACGCUGGUAUGCGCGUCCCUCACGGCGCGGUCGCCUCAGGAGAUGGCGGCUGAGGUGGCCGCCGCCGCAGCGCUCGGGGCCGACGUGGUGGAGCUCCAGGUCGGCUGCCUCGAGGGCUUCCAGCCGCGCAGGGACCUGCCCGUGCUCCUCGCCCAGCCCCGCCCGCUCCCCGUCAUCGUCACCUACAGGCCGAAAUGGGAAGGGGGCCAAUACGAUGGCGAAGACCAACCGCGGUUUGAGGCGCUUCUGUUAGCAAUGGAGCUGGGAGCUGAGUAUGUGGAUAUUGAGUUCAAGGUUGCCGACAAAUUUAUGAAUUUUUUGUCGGGUAGGAAACCAGAAACCUGUAAGCUUAUUGUUUCAUUUCAUAACUAUGACUACACUCCAUCAGUAGAGGAGCUUCUGAGUUUGGUGGAUCAGAUUCAAGCAACAGGGGCUGAUAUUGUGAAAAUUGCAACCACUGCUACGGAAAUUGAUGAUGUGUCAAGAAUGUUUCAAGUACUUGUCCAUUGCAAAGACAUUGGAGCUAUUAAUACAAUUGUUAGAAGGCCUGAUGGAAAACUUGUAGGGUAUAAUACUGACUAUGUUGGUGCUAUUGCUGCUAUUGAGGAUGCAAUAAGAGCAUCACAACCAGCGGAUCCAACCACUUCACUGCUGGCUAGAAGGCUUUUCGUUGUUAUUGGCGCCGGUGGUGCAGCAAAAGCAGUUGCAUAUGGUGCAAAAGAGAAGGGAGCGAGAGUUGUAAUUGCUAACCGUACUUUUGUCCGUGCUCAACAUCUUGCCACCUUAAUUGGGGGUACUGCUUUAACCUUGUCUGAGUUGGAAAACUACCAUCCGGAGGAAGGCAUGAUUCUUGCAAAUGCAACAUCAGUCGGAAUGUAUCCAAAUGUCAAUGAAUCUCCUUUAUCUAAGAAAGCUCUUAGGAACUACUCCGUUGUCUUUGAUGUGGUCUUCAUUCCAAAAGAGACCAGACUUCUCUGAGAAGCUGCAGAAUGUGGAGCAACAGUUGUUGAUGGUCUGGAGAUGUAAGACUUGUGAUGGUUCAAUUUGGGCUUUUCACAGGGGGUAUGCCAGCUCCACAAAGGUUGAUGCGUGAUGCUAUUCUGACAAACACACACUAAUGCUUCUACGGAAGACAAGGUCCCCUACCUGCUUGGUCCUGAACGAUACAGAAACCACUGCCUUGAACACUGGUGGAGAAGCCGGUUUCAUCUUGCUUAUCGUGUGUUCUCCUGCUGCCUCAUCACCUGUUCAAUAAAUAAUAAGCUCUUGUUCAACAUUGUAAAUAGUUUUUAUCUCUGUUCCAGACUGCAAAAGCAAAACCGACCUGUGAAAUAUCUGGAUUGGUAUGUUCAAUAAAGAUCGAAUAAACUUCAUCCAUGGAGCAAAACCUGUUAAAUGUUUGAAUGGGUGCA